AAGGACGACAUCAAACGGUCUGACCACCAUCCAUAUCGAUAGCAUUUCCAGUUGCCGGAGCCUUGGGUUCAGUCGGGCAUGGACUAAGAGCAAGCGGAGACGUUCGGGAGCCGGAUCAAAGCGAAUUCCAGCGUCGGUAGAUCAACAGUCGGGCAAUUUCAAGAAGAUGGGAAAUGAAGGGAGGAGAUUGGGAUACCAGCGGGGACGGGUGAGCCUUUUCAACGCGGUGGAAAGAGCGUAUGAUAAGGCAAUCAUGAUCAUAUUCUUUGAGGGAAUUCGUACGGUCAGUACAAUAUGGGUUUCAUGGCAGCUGGAAGAACGUCUCUAGUUUUUCUCGAAGCUUGAGGAUUUGGAAAAAAAGAUAUGGCGCUGCUUCACAAGCUUCCACUGCUAUGAGUUACGUGUGAGAAUGUGGUCUGGAAUAAUGUGCGGCACGUUCCUUGCGGGAGCUUUGCAAACUCGUUCAUGCGCUGACGAGUUUGAUAUUGCUAUCAUUUUAAUAGCAUGCUGGCAAGGUUUCAUAAUCGUCAAAGAAUUACCUGCUCAGCGCCACAACAAAUUUCUGAACGUUCGUGUAAAGAAUGAAAGCAGAUUGGGACCUCAUCCAAAAUCAAACACACCAAGGCAUGAAGGCAAAUGCAAAGUUGUACCUGAUGCUCGAGGCCAACAUCCACGCCCAGCAGUCGAACGACGUCCCACGUUCCCAAGUAGGACUAGUGAAUCACAUACGUUUCAGCGCACACUGUGCUGUGAUGGCAGGAAGGGGCCGUGCGAGAUGCUUGGCAUCAACUUCAUGCCAUUGACGGAACUUCAAUUGAGCCUCAUGCAUAUCACCAGAAGUGGGUCUGGCAAUUUUCUUCAAUGGAUCAGAUUAUCUGGGACACGUGAUUUCAAUUUCUCGCUGUCCUUGGUUGUUCAACUCGCUCACUGUUCGUUGCGCGCACCUGUAGAUGGGAGGGCUCCACUGCGCUGGCACAGUGAUCGACUCAGGGAGGCAUGCUCGCUCCAUCCCGUCUUGGACAUGACGAAAGGCCCUCGAAGGGGAUCAUUUUCACGAGGGGUCCAGCAAGCCUGCACUGUACCAUUACAUUGAUGGCAACGAAUGGUUCAAUCGAUGGUUCAGAUUACACACUUCCAUUACCUGUAGCCAAUGCUACCGCCCCCGAUCUCUGCUAUGAUUGAGAAUCUGCUAGUUCGCAGGGGAAGAAUAACUAUAUGUUGCAAGAUGGUAUAUGGAGGGCUUU